GUUGGGAAUAGAGCUCUGGAACCAUGUUCUGGGAAUCGGUUUUUGCAUAUUCGGAGAUCAAUGAUCUUCUAUCACGACCGGAUCUCACAAUCAAAGAACUUUUGGAUGCUGAUGAUGUUUUACAAAAAUGUCGUGAAAAAGAUCCACGUUUGAUUAAUUUUUUAUCAAGGCCAGAUAAUUUGGAUUAUCUGAUAGAUCUAGUUAGUCGAACACCUGAAUCUUUUGUUUUUAAUCAGGAUUUGUAUAGAUAUACUAGUUUAGCAUGUGAAAUCCUAACAAAUGAUAUCAAUGAAAUAUUAGAUGGGAUAAUUGAAUUAACCGAAUCAACAAUUGAUCAACCUACUCCUAAUGAGUUACAUAAUAAUGCUUGUAAUAACAAUAAUAAUAAUCAUAUAUUAGAGUCCAAUCAGAUAAACUGUUUAUCAUUACCAUCUUCCUUCUCUUCACCUUUACCAUCAUCUUCAAUGAUUAUCAAUGAUCAUAAUCUGAAAGUGAUCAAUAAUAAAGAUGAUCAAAGUUGUAAUAAUAUAUUAAUAGUUAACAAUAAUUCUCAUACUGAUCCUUAUUCGAAUGUCCAUGAUAAUGAUGCUGCUGCUGCUGAUACUAAUCAUUUAUCAUCUCCAAUAUCUGUUAUUAACGAAUCAUCUAUUAUCAAUGAUCAUAAUAGUCAAUUAUUUAACAACAUUGAUCAUAAUAAUUUAAAUGAAUUAUUGACAUCUAACUUGAAACUUUCCUCACCGAUGUUAUUGCCAACAUCCUCUUCGUCGACAAUCACAACAUCAAAUGAUGAUGACCUCAUUAAAGUGAAUAAUACAUCAACGACUACACGUCGACGUAUAGAUUUGUUAUUGCAUUUUUUUCAUUAUUCUAAUCAACCAGUUAAUCCAUUAUCAGCUAGUUUUGUUUCACGUUUAUUAAUACAUUUAACAUUACAUCGUGGAAAUAUUAUUAUACCUUAUUUACGAUCAUCAAAGGGAUUUCUCGAUCAGUUAUUCUUAUCUUUGGAUUCUUCCGCUGUGGCCGAUUUAAUUAUACAAUUAUCUCAACAAGAAACAAAACAACAACAUAUUAUUUUUGAAUGGUUUAAAACGGAUCGACUUGUUGAACGUCUUAUUGAAAAAUUUGAUCCAACCUAUUCAUCUGAUGCACAUGAAUCAGCAGCUCAUUGUCUUAUCGAACUUAUCACUGUUCUACGCAAUUAUUUGGUGAAUAAUCCUCCAAAUUUGGAUACUAGUGAUACAUUAAUGAAUUCAAUGACAACUACAACCUUUACUGCUAAUAAUAUUGGCUCCAGUAUGAUGUCUGGAUCACCGUUAAAUAGUUUAUUUGAUAAAGAUGAAGAAACGUAUAAAGCAGCGGAAAAUUUACUAAAUGUAUUAGAAAGUGAAGAAACUAUGUCAAUGUUAUUAAAUCGUAUUACAGCUAAUGAAUACGUUGAACCAUCUAUUUUAGUCAGUUGUGUAAAUGUAUGUAUGGCUUUAAUUGGUAAAAAAAAGCCUGAGUCAAGUUUUCCUGUUGGAGAAGAUGGAUAUAGUGGUUUAGAUUUUGAUUCAUUAAUUAAAUUUUCCGGUGAUAUUAGCAAUAAUCUAAAAUCGAUAUUACGUAAUAAUAGUAAUCCGAGCAAUGAUCUCAAUAGUGGUAAUCAUUGUCCUACUACUGAUAAUCAUACCAGUGAUACUGUCGGAAAGUCUGAUCCAUUCGUGACUGCAUCAAAAGAUGAUAAUAAUAACAAUAAUACCGUUAUUGAUAAAUUACAUAUCAUGAAAGCUUCAGAAAAUCUAAUUAAAACAUCAUUACCAUAUUUAGAUAAAUUACAUGAUUUACUGAAACGAUUUCAUCCACAAUUUUAUAAUUGUAUGCCAACAACUCAUUGUACAUUGAAUCCACCACUUGGACGUUGUCGUUUAGCUAUUCUACAAUUAAUAGCUUCACUUAUAUCCUUACCUAUUAGUACUAAUUUAUCUAAAACAAUUGUAGAUAUUGGAUUUGUGAAAACAUCAAUGGAAUUAUUCGCCUUAUAUCCAUACAAUACAUUUUUACAUCAUUAUGUAACUGAUAUUAUUAAAUCAAUAUUUAAACAUUCAGGACUUGUCAACAGCAACAAUAAUAAUAAUGGUAAUAACUCUACUAAUGUAUCGGAUAAAACAACAACUAAUCUUAUCAAUACUACUACGACUACUAACAGUACUAAUACUACUACUGCUAGUACUAAUACUGUUAAACUAUCUUCUAAUCAUGAUGACAAUCAACUUACAGAAUCUUUAUCCUCUUCAAUAUUAUCAGCAGCAUCAGCAGCUGAUUCGUCUACGAAUCCCUUUACAACUGAACCAGUUAAUUCUAAUGUAAUCCAUUCAACAAAUUCAUCCAGUACUAAUGAACUUGAUUCACAUGAUCAUUGUAUACCAUCACAUAAUAAUACCAUUAAUAAUCCAUUUUAUUCAAUGAAUCAAAAUUAUAAUGAAUUUAGUAAAAAUAUAUUAAUUAAUUUAAUUAAAGAUCAUCAUCUUAUUGAUUGGUGUUUGAAAUUAUCCCCUUUACCAUCAUUAGAUGAACGUCCGAAUGAUGGGGAUUCACCGAAUUGUUUAGUUCGACUAUCAAAAGAUCCUGUAAAAUCAGGUUAUUCAGGACAUAUCUGGCAAAUUGGUAACCUAAUUGUAUCAGCAAUGAAUGGUCCGUAUGGAGAAUUUUUAAAAUCUCUCAUUCAAGAUUUAGAUCCGAAGACUCAAAAUCUAUGGUCAGAUUUUGUCAAAGAUCUCAAUGUGAUCAACUCUGUUGAAGUUGCUGAGACAUCUCAAUCUGCCAUUGAAGGUCUUAAUCAUUCUGAUGUCCCAUUUGUUCUGGCACCUGUUACAUCAUCAAAUUUAAUGCAAAAUAAAUUAUUAGAUCUCAAUGGAAAAUCAUCAUCUUAUUUAUUUGAUGAUGUUGAUAAUAAUGAACAUGAAGAAUAUGGUAAAACUAAUCAUGAAUAUCUUGCUUAUCAUCCAGUAAUAUCAGCAUCUACAUUAGUUAAUCUUCAACGACAAUCUAUUUUACAAAAUUUUAUGGAUUCAUGGUUAGAUCCAGAUGAAGAAUCUGAACAUAAUGAUAAUGUUAAUAGUAAUAGUAUUUAUGAUCAGAAUAAUAAUCCAUCUGAAGAAAAAGAUCAAUUUAAACCAUCUGAUGAUAUCCAUAUUGGUGUUCCUGGACCUUUAGGAGAAAUGUAUUUCAAUCAUAAUAGUGAUAGCGAUGGUGAUUAUUUCAAUGGUGAUAAUAAUGAAGAUGACGAUAAAGAUGAGAAUGAUGAAUUAGACAAAAGCAAAGACAAUAUUCACAGUAGAGGUUACUGUAACAGUGAUGAGGACGACGAUGAUGAAGAAGAUCUUAAGUCACCAGUUCAAAUUAAACAACAACAUUCCAGUAAACAAUCAAUCAGUAAUGCUAAUAGUUCAACAUCUGUGGUGUAUAAUCAUUCAAAUGAGUUCACUGAAGUAUCUUCUGUAACAACUCAUAAUAAUGAAUCUUCUAUCAAGAUAAACAGUAAUGGAAAUAAUUUAAGUCAAGUAUCUACAACAAUACCUACUACUGCUACUCAUACUACUAAUAGUACUAUAUCAUUAUUUACAGAAAAUAUAGAAAUGAAAUUAUUUAAUGGUAAUGAAGAAAUGGAACAAACCAAACACAAUACAUCAUCUGAAUCUAUUGUAACAUUAUUAAAUGCAAAUUUUAUUAAAAAGUAUGUUUUCUAUUGAAUAUUCAUUAUAUAUAUAUUAUAAUUUAAUGGUUAGAAACUAUUGGGAUCAAUAUUCUUGGUUGAUCUAGAUCAGUCGUCAAUGACUUUUAUCCUCAUUAUUGAUAGAAAGGGAUAGGUUCUGUUGUAUGUUGUAUGUAUCAUUCCAUGUCGUAAGUCAAGAAUUCCUAAAGCUUUCUGUUACGACUUAAAGAAUGUAGAGUUGUCAUACGUAUGUUUUCUUUCUUUCGUAUGUUUACUUUCUAAAUGAUAAUAAAUGAGAUCAAUGUUUGACGAAUACUACCCAUAAAAAUAAACCAGUCUUGACCAAACCUCUUCAAAUAAACUACAGCAGUCAACUCAUCAGUGACUCUAUCGAUGACAUUUACGAAGUUCUAAUGAAUAGUCGUGUGUAAUGAAGCAGCUAUUACCAGUGUCGUUCGUUAAUUGUCUCACUCUGUCACGAACUGAUCAAAGUUGGACUUGUUGGUUGGCUUAACAUUCUCUACGGAACCUGGAUUCGAUCCUUGACCGCAGUCGCAGGUAAAAUAUCUUUCGCCUUACACAAAUAUAUCUGACAUGAAUAUGUAUCCGUGUAAAAAUGUGUUAUGCAACAAGUGAUGUUUUUUUUAUUAUCUGUUUUGAUGAUGAUGAUGACCGACCCCAUAACAAUUUGUAACUGGUAUCGCUGUUGUUAUUAUUAUUCCUAUUCAAUGUUAUAAACCUAUUUUCUAAUCAAAACAGUCGUAACUAUUAAAAUCUAACUUAUCCUAUCAUGCAUAUAUACCUAUACAUAUAUAUGAAUAAACCUACCCAGAUACUCACUCACUGAACCAUAGUUACUAACUUUCAAAAAAAAGAGUCACUUGUAACCAUUUGUCUUCAUAUAUUGUACUGUAUAUGAAUAUGAUAAUAAGUUUAUUGUAUCCAUAUUCAUCAUUCUUCUUCCUAUUAUUAUUAUUAUUAGCUGAAUUAAAUUGUUUAAAAAAUACUUUUAAAAUAUCCUCUUUUUCUUUUAAUUAUUCAAUCAAUAUAUAUAUAUACUACUGAAUUAUGAUUUGUAUUCUAUUAUAAACAUACUACUUAUUAUGUUUAUCAUUUCUGUUUCUGGUUCAUAUUUGUUUAGAUUAUAAUUUUAUUCCAUUUUUAAUCAAUUUCACAAUUGACAUUUAUAUAAGUAGUAAAUAAGUAGUAGAUCAAUGGUUACAUACUCAUGAAUAUAACUGUAUAUAUAUGAAUGAUUUUUUUGUUUUAUUCAUUUUUUUUUAUUUAGAUAUCAGUCUCAUUUAUUAUAUAAGAUGAGAAAGUGAUUAGUAAGUAACUAUAUAUAUAUAUAUGAAUAUGAAGUUGGUUGGUAACUAUCUCUUGUUACCAUGUUUGAUUCAAUUCCCUUUUCUUGUUUCUUUUAUGUGUUUUUACUCAAUGCAUCGAUUUGCUGUGUUAGUUUUCAUUUAUGGGUGGUGUUAUGAACUGGUUAUGUAAUAGAAAGAAAUGUAUGUUUCUUAUAUAAUUUAUAAUAAAGAUACUGUGAUGAUAAAUUAGUGAAUAACCAUUUUAACAAUAAUAUUCAUAAUAAUAUAGU